AUGGCUCCCUAUAAAGCUUUGUAUGGUAGAAGGUGUAGGACACCCUUAUGUUGGUUAGAGCCCGAAGAAGGCCUUACCUUGGGACUGGAAGUGGUACAACAAACCACAGAGAAGAUCAAGUUGAUCCAAGAAAGGAUGAGGACUGCUCAUAGUAGGCAGAAAAGUUAUCAUGAUAAGAGGAGGAAAGAUCUGGAAUUCGAGGUUGGUGAUCAUGUAUUCUUGAGAGUCACUCCGUGGACUAGGGUUGGUCGAGCAUUGAAAUCCCGAAAACUCACACCUCACUUUAUUGGUCCUUUCCAAAUUCUUAAGAGAGUUGGCCCGGUGGCAUACCAAAUUACAUUACCCCCAUCUCUUUCUAAUCUUCACAAUGUCUUUCAUGUGUCUCAACUCCAUAAGUAUAUCCAUGAUCCAUCCCAUGUAAUUGAAUGGGAUGAUGUACAAGUGAAGGAGAAUUUGACAUAUGAAACAUUGCCUUUGAGGAUCGAGGAUAUGCGAACAAAACACCUAAGAGGGAAAGAGAUUCUGUUGAUCAAGGUGAUUUGGGGAGGUGCAUCAGGAGAAGAUGCCACGUGGCAAUUGGAAAGUCAGAUGCGAGAAGCUCACCCAUCCUUGUUUGAGUAA